ACACCAACAACUUCUUCAUCGUUACAUUCCUCUACUUCAGCCCAGGCUAGCAGACCAAGCUUUCCGUGCUCUGUAUUUUCGUACGGCCUCGUAUGAGUGUUCAAACAAAACUCUCAAAUGCGAAGAUACUAUCCUAGAAACUAUCUAGCCUAACUGCACCAUGUCAAACCCACCAACUACAAUGAAAGCCUGGCUCUACUCCAGCACCUGGGGGGGCCUUGAGAAAAACCUCAAUCUUGACCAAUGUGCCCGUGUACCGCCACCGCUGCGGAAAGACCAGGUACUUACCCAGGUCAUUUCCGCCUGUAUAAACCCGGCCGACUACAAAGUACCCGAGAUGGUACUAGUAGGCAAGUUGAUUACCAGCAUACCCGCGUCCCCAGGAAUGGACUUCUGUGGCAGAGUUACGGCCGUUGGCGACGCUGUCUCCGAGUUUCACCCGGGUCAAUUCGUCUACGGGUGUCUCGACAUGCCCUCCCAAUUUGGGUCACUCGGCGAGUAUGUUGUGAGCAGAAAGGACCAGAUAGCCCCGGUGCCCGCGGGGGUUGAUCUUGAUCAGAUUGCAGCUGUGGGUAUUGCUGGACAGACGGCGUACCAGUCUCUUGCGCCGUAUGUCUCGGCGGGAGAUAAGGUGUUUAUCAAUGCCGGCUCGGGGGGUUGCGGGAUGUUCGCCAUUCAAAUAGCGAAGACACUUGGAUGCCAUGUUACGACUACCUGCUCCAAGAGGAACGUGCAGUUCUGCAAGGACCUGGGAGCGGAUGAGGUGAUUGACUAUACAUCCGAGGAUGUUGUGAAAGCCCUUAAGAGUCAUGGCCAAGUAUACAGCCAUGCUAUUGAUCAUAUCGGCUUUCCACGGAAUCUGUACAGCGAAUCCCAUCAUUAUUUGCUCCCUGGGAAGACAUUUGUCCAGGUUGGCGCGGAUUGGAUAGGGACUUUCGCUGGCAGAUUGUUAUGGCCCGGAUUUCUUGGCGGGGGAAAGAGGAACUAUAGCAUCUUUUUCUAUAAAAAUACGCAUGAACACCUUGUCCAGCUAGGGGAGUGGGUCCAACAAGGCAAAAUCAAGGUGACUCUGGAUAGUGUCUUUGAGUUUGAGGACGCGAUCAAAGCUAUUGAAAGACAGCGGUCGGGAAGGUCGCGAGGCAAGAUUGUCGUUCAUGUCUCCAAGAAACCUUGAUCGUAUAUGUGGUUGGGAGCUAUUUGAUUUGAACUUGGGAAACAAAUCUCUUUUCUAAUUUUUGAAGUGCAAUUCUGGAUAAUAUACUUCUUUUGGUUUCCGGUUCACUGGGAUGAUGUUUUUCCCC